UAAAUUUGUUGACCAUAAUAAUUUUAUAGUAAUGUUAACUUAUUUUAAUGUAAUGUAAUCAAUCAUGAUUAACUGAAGUAUAUAUUGUUAUGUUCAAAUGAAGGAAAUGUUUGAGGUUAUGUAGCUUAACCUCUUCGUUAUAUUUAUAUAGAUAACACGGAAGGAAAUAAAGUAUUAUACUUGUGUGUUUAAAAAGUGUUAAGUUCCUUGUUGUUGUUCUAUCAUGAAUGUACGAAUGUUUAAAAAAAUUCAAUUGCAUCUUAAAUGUUAUGGCAACAGUUUUAUGAAACAUUCUUGUUCCAUUCAUUACGUUUCCAAUGGUCCUUUGAAUGUAUAUCAAAAUUAUUUUUCUAACCAUAAAAUAUUAGUGGGAUAUUUUUCAAAUAAGCGAAACCUGUCAAAUACUAUUUUACACCAACAAUUAUAUCCAAAAAUACUUAAAACACCAUUACUAUGUAACAAGAGUGUACUUACAAAAAUUUCUAAUAAUUAUCCUAUUCCUGCAAAUCAUGUUAGACAGUAUUCGAAUUCAGGAGUUACAAUUGUAAAUGAUACAUUAAGAUACAAUAAUGGCAUUUUCCAAAUAAUAUCUGAAAGUAUAACUGUAGAAUGGGUGACUGAAGCUUUUAGAUUUAUGCAUUAUCAAACAGGCUUACCAUGGUGGGCCGGCAUUAUACUCACAACAAUUCUUUCAAGAACAUUUAUAAAUUUACCAUUAAGUAUACUUGAUCUUCACAACAGGGCCAAACAGCAAAACUUAAAAAGUGAAAUGAUGGAUAUUGCUGAAAGAACAAAAAAAAAAGUAGAAAGAGAAGCAGUAUUAUCUCAAUUAAGCCCAGCACGGACAAUUUCUCUUUAUGCACGUGAGUUUUCUAAAGAACAAAAAAAAUUAUAUAUAAGAGAGAAUUGUCAUCCAUUUAAGACUGUUGCAAUAGUAUUAUUGCAAGCACCAAUAUGGAUAAGUUUGUCAGUUGCAAUAAGGAACAUGUGUUAUAUGUUGCCUCAAAUAGAUCCUGCUACCGUUAAGGACUUCCAAGAAUUGACUACUGGUGGUUUUGGAUGGAUACAAAAUCUCACAGACAUAGACCAUUUCUUUAUAUUUCCCAUACUUUUUGGAUUGAGUAACUUAGUUGUAAUGGAAAUAAAUCAUAUGUUAUUUCGUGUAACGGAUUCAAGAUUCAGUAGAAUAUAUAAAAAUUUCUGUAGAAUACUCACUCUUUGUUUCGUGCCUCUUAUGUCAUGUUUACCAUCGUGUUUAUCCUUAUUCUGGGUUACCAAUAAUUUAUGUUCCAUAUCACAAAGUCUACUACUUCUAUCGCCAAAAGUUCGUAGAUUAUUCAGAAUACCUAAAACUGAUGUUGAAUAUCGGCAUCCAUAUGAAAAAUUGCAAGAACGUUUGCGUCACAUAUUUUAUUUAAAGAAAUCUGCAAAAGUAUAGACAACUAAGGUCGUCACCUUGUAUAUGUUCGAUUACGAAAACAGAUAUCAGAAAAAUCAUCCACAUUUAAAUAACGCAUUAAAUCAUGCUUCUCAUUCAUGAUGUGAUCAAUAUAAAAGAUGUAAUCCAUGUAAAAUCCACUUCAUUAGUAAAGAACAUUCUUCGUGGAACGAAUCAGCAGAUUUGAGAAGCAAAUUUUAGAAGAAGUCAUGGCUUCUGUCAAAUGCACUGUACUUCUGUUGUGCAGCAUUCUGUACCUCAGCUCUGUUUGUGUAUUAGUGCGUAUUUCAUCACAAUUUUUUUAUUAAUAUUUAAGUAACUUAUUUAUAAAU